GAGUGCAUCAUCUCCAAAUAAUGACAUCUCUUCCAUUACAAACACCACAUCCACCUGUGCUCCACAGCUUAGCUGACUCCAAUGAAUUAAUCGAAGCUGUCGCUAAAUUCGUAGUUAAAGCACAAAAUGAAGCUAUUGAGAAGAGGGACAAGUUCACUAUCGCUUUAUCAGGAGGCUCUAUGCCAAAGAACCUUACUGGUUUGCUCAAGAGAGACGACGUUAAGUGGGAUAAAUGGGAAGUAUUCCUUGCAGACGAACGUGUCGUCCCACUCGACCAUCCAGAAUCAAACUUUAAGGCUAUUUACGAGGAAUUGUUCUCAAAGACACCGGUAAAUAUUUCACAAAUCCAUGCACUCAACCCAGACCAUGAAGCUAUCAAGAAGUUCCACCCAGAUAGCGCACCAUCUGCCAAGGAAAUUGAAUCAAACGAGGAUUUACAAGAUAUUUUGGAAGACGUAGCAGAUGAAUAUGAGAAGAAGCUCGUUAACGCAUUCGCUGCACGUGAAGCUGCACGUUUCCCUACUUUUGAUUUGAUUCUGUUAGGUAUGGGCCCAGAUGGACACACAGGCUCAUUGUUCCCUGGACAUCCAGUUUCAAAAGAAUCUGAGCGUUGGAUUGCUUACGUAUAUGAUUCACCUAAACCACCACCAGUUAGAAUUACAUUAACUUUCCCAGUUAUUAAUCACGCUUACCGCGUUGCAUUCAUUGCUGCUGGUGAAGGUAAACAAGAUACACUUGAGCAAAUCUUGGACAAUCCAUCCGGUGAUUUACCUUGCGCUAGAGUUAGACCAGCACCACCAGGAAAGGUCUACUGGUUCGUUGAUGACGCAGCUUCAAAGAAAACUAAAUAUCAAAAGUCUAAAUUUACACUUUAAUUGUUCUCUUUUAAUAAAUUUCUUGAUUGGAUGAGACAAUGCUCAUGUGAUAUCGUCAUCUGAUACACUUUCGGAUUCUUAAUCGAGACGGCAGCUUCUAAAAUAACAACGAACAAGAUAAUAAAAAUGGCAAGCUUUCAACCAAAGAAUCUCAAGAAUGGCCAAAACUCACCAGGAUUGGCUAUUGGCAUGCUACUCAUGGCAACUGGUGUAGUGGCAUUUGCAUUAAACAGACCAGAGAAGAAGGCAGAAAAGUCGUUCAUGCCACAAGGAAAGAACUUUGGUAUCAAAGAUUCUUUAAAGGAACAGGUACGUUCCGAUGAAGCAUCCAACGCUCAGUUCGCAAAGGAGGAAGCAAGAAGGAGGGAGAAAGAGAACGCGAUAGCAUCUGCUAUAGCCGCACGUUCUCAUGCGCGUAGACCUUCUGGACCUGCGGAUCCUUCGGAGGUCUAUAAAGCAUUCGCACCUCCUACACCUCCUAGAUCUUUUUUCAGAUCUGAAUAAAGCCUGGCUAUGCUUAUAUUAUGACGUAAUUAACGAUUUCUAAUAAAUUUCAUUUAAGAUUGAGAAGAAGUACGCUGCAACGGCUAAACUCAAAUUAAAGCAAAUGCCACUUGAGGAAGAUGUUCUACAAGAGGUCAAUCUUUUGUUUACUUAGGGCGAGCGCUGUUUUACUGCUCGUCGUUAAGAGUUGUGCUGACCCUAGAUUUAGAUCUCUUGAAGAUGCUUCUAAUAUUAUAUCAACUAUUUAUUAUCUGCUUGGUUUUGAACUAACGACGUUAUG